GAGGGAGAGUGGAAGGAUUGCACCCAGGUGAAGGAAGGGCUGAGCUGCCGGGGGACCAAAACAAAGGUGGUGGUCUGGUGUUAGGGGUCAUGCUCUGCCGGGAUCUGAGUUGUUCUAUUUGGCCGGAGACUCUGCUGCUUUGCCCCCUCCAAAGGGCUAUUUUCUUGGAAAAGCCAGGCGGGAGGAGCGGGAACCAUGAACCAGCAGCUGGAUGCUCCGCGGCCAAUCAACUGGACCAUUAGGAAACUGUGCGCUGCAGCCUUCCUACCAUCUGUACGCCUGCUCAAGGCACAGAAAUCGUGGAUUGAGAGAGCCUUCAACAAGAGAGAAUGUGUUCAUAUCAUAGUGAGUGCCAAAGACCCCCAUAGGUGCUGCUGUGGCCGUCUGAUUGGUCAGCACGUUGGCCUGCCCCCCGGCAUCUCCUCCAGUCAGAAUGACAAGACGGAGCGUCUGGCUAAGAAUGACAGCCUAUCAGAUAAAUGGUCAAUCAGCAAACACACCCAGCUCAGCCCCACCGACGCCUUUGGAACCAUUGAGUUCCAGGGAGGGGGCCACUCCAACAAAGCCAUGUAUGUGCGUGUGUCCUACGACACCAAGCCAGACCUCCUGCUGCACCUGAUGACCAAGGAGUGGCAGCUGGACCUUCCCAAGCUGCUCAUCUCGGUGCAUGGGGGCCUGCAGAACUUUGAGUUGCAGCCCAAACUCAAACAGGUCUUUGGCAAGGGCCUCAUCAAGGCUGCAAUGACUACCGGAGCCUGGAUCUUCACCGGCGGGGUCAACACAGGGGUGAUCCGGCAUGUGGGUGAUGCGCUAAAGGACCAUGCCUCUAAAUCUCGGGGGAAGAUCUGCACUAUUGGCAUCGCCCCCUGGGGCAUCGUGGAGAACCAGGAGGACCUGGUGGGAAAAGACGUGGUCCGACCGUACCAGACCAUGUCCAACCCACUGAGCAAGCUGACCGUGCUCAACAGCCUGCACUCCCACUUCAUCCUGGCCGAUAAUGGGACCACAGGGAAGUACGGUGCUGAGGUCAAACUCCGCAGACAGCUGGAGAAACACAUCUCCCUGCAGAAGAUCAACACACGUAUUGGUCAGGGAGUGCCGGUGGUGGCUCUGAUAGUGGAAGGGGGUCCUAAUGUGAUCUCCAUCGUGUUGGAGUACCUGAGGGACACUCCGCCUGUCCCCGUGGUGGUGUGUGACGGGAGCGGGCGUGCCUCAGACAUCCUGGCAUUUGGACACAAGUACUCAGAGGAGGGAGGGAUCAUAAAUGAGACUCUGAGGGACCAGUUGCUGGUGACCAUACAGAAGACAUUCACGUACAGCCGGACCCAAGCCCAACACCUCUUCAUCAUCCUCAUGGAAUGCAUGAAGAAGAAGGAGUUGAUAACAGUUUUUCGGAUGGGGUCUGAAGGACACCAGGACAUUGACCUGGCCAUUCUCACUGCUCUGCUUAAAGGAGCCAACGCAUCGGCUCCUGACCAGCUCAGCCUGGCCCUGGCCUGGAACCGAGUAGACAUCGCUCGCAGUCAGAUCUUCAUCUAUGGACAACAGUGGCCUGUGGGUUCUCUGGAGCAGUCUAUGCUGGAUGCCCUGGUGCUGGACAGAGUGGACUUCGUCAAGCUGCUGAUCGAGAACGGAGUGAGCAUGCAUCGCUUCCUCACUCUCUCCAGAUUGGAGGAGCUCUACAACACGAGACAUGGACCAUCCAACACUCUAUACCACCUGGUCAGAGACGUCAAAAAGCAAGAAUAUCCAGGGUUCAGUUGGAUCUACUUCAAGGGUAACCUCCCACCAGAUUACCGCAUUAGUCUCAUUGACAUUGGAUUGGUCAUCGAGUACUUGAUGGGCGGAGCAUACCGAUGCAACUACACCAGGAAGAGGUUUAGAACGCUGUAUCAUAACCUCUUUGGACCCAAACGACCCAAAGCCCUGAAACUGCUGGGGAUGGAGGAUGACAUGCCGAUCCGAAGGGGUCGUCAGAAGACUACACGGAAGCGGGAGGAGGAGGUGGACAUUGACCUGGACGACCCUGAGAUAAACCACUUCCACUUCCCCUUCCAUGAGUUGAUGGUGUGGGCCGUGCUGAUGAAGAGACAGAAGAUGGCACUGUUCUUCUGGCAGCAUGGGGAGGAGGCCAUGGCUAAAGCCCUGGUGGCUUGUAAGCUGUGUAAGGCCAUGGCCCACGAGGCCUCCGAGAACGACAUGGUGGACGACAUCUCACAGGAGCUCAACCAUAACUCCAGUGAGUUUGGCCAGCUAGCCGUUGAGCUGCUGGACCAGUCUUACAAGCAGGAUGAGCAGAUGGCCAUGAAGCUGCUAACCUAUGAGCUGAAGAACUGGAGUAACGCCACCUGCCUUCAGCUGGCUGUGGCCGCCAAGCACCGCGACUUCAUCGCCCACACUUGCAGCCAGAUGCUGCUCACCGACAUGUGGAUGGGACGGCUGCGCAUGCGCAAGAACUCUGGACUUAAGGUGAUCUUGGGCCUGCUGCUGCCUCCGUCCAUCCUGAGUCUGGAGUUCAAGAACAAGGAUGAGAUGUCAUAUAUGCCCCAGGACCAGGACACUUACCUGCAGGAGAAGGAGGAGGAGCCUGAGAAGCCUGCCAAUGAGAAGGAAGAAGAGGACAUGGAGUUCACAGUAAGAUCCUACUGUGAGACGCAGUACAACUCCGUGGCCAUGCUGGGUAAGGUAAGCACGGAGGCGUCUCGUAAGAAGGGCGUGGGGGAGGUCCAGAAUAGACACCGGCUCAUCCCCAUGGGCCGAAAGAUCUAUGAGUUUUACAACGCCCCCAUCGUCAAGUUCUGGUUUCACACAAUGGCCUAUGUGGCGUACCUGAUGCUGUUCAACUAUAUUGUGCUGGUGAAGAUGGACCUGUGGCCCUCACCGCAGGAGUGGAUAGUCAUCGCUUACAUCUUCACCAAUGGCAUCGAGAAGAUGAGAGAGAUUCUGAUGUCGGAGCCGGGGAAGCUGUUGCAGAAGGUAAAGGUGUGGCUUCAGGAGUACUGGAACAUCACAGACCUCAUGGCCAUCCUCAUCUUCUCUGUGGGCAUGGUGCUCCGCCUCCAGGAGCCGCCCCUCAUGAGUUACGGCCGGGUCAUCUACUGCGUUAACAUCAUCUAUUGGUACAUCCGGCUGCUCGACAUCUUUGGCGUCAACAAAUACCUGGGCCCCUAUGUCAUGAUGAUUGGCAAGAUGAUGAUUGACAUGAUGUACUUUGUGAUCAUCAUGCUGGUAGUGUUGAUGAGUUUCGGAGUGGCCAGGCAGGCCAUCCUGAAUCCCAAUGAGGACCCGUCCUGGAUGCUGGCUCGGAACAUCUUCUUCAUGCCUUACUGGAUGAUCUAUGGAGAGGUGUUCGCUGAUCAGAUCGACCAUGUACAUAGUAGGAAGCUAAAGCACAGGCUGAAUUCAAAACUCUGGAUGAUCGAAAAUCAGUUUCGAGCUCAUGGAACCUGGCGUAAUAAUGCUCCAUGUGGCCAGAAUAUCACCACAGAGGACGGGCAUGUUGUGGCUCUGCCGCCCUGUAAGACGGGAGCCUGGAUCGUUCCUGCCAUUAUGGCCUGCUACCUUCUGGUGGCCAACAUCCUGCUGGUCAACCUGCUCAUUGCUGUUUUCAACAACACCUUCUUUGAGGUGAAGUCCAUCUCCAACCAGGUGUGGAAGUUCCAGAGGUACCAGCUCAUUAUGACCUUCUACGAGCGGCCCAUCCUCCCCCCUCCCCUCAUCAUUUUCAGUCACAUGACCAUGGUCCUCAAGCACCUGUGCUGUCGCUGGCGUAAGCACGACGAUGACGAGAGAGACUAUGGGCUGAAGCUCUUCAUCACUGAAGACGAGCUGAAGAAAGUGCAUGACUUUGAGGAGCAGUGCAUCGAGGAGUACUUCCGCGAGAAGGAUGACCGCUUCAACUCCUCAAAUGACGAGAGGAUCCGAGUGACAUCAGAGAGAGUGGAGAAUAUGGCCAUGCGCCUGGAGGAGGUGAAUGAGAGAGAACACUUCAUGAAGUCAUCUCUGCAGACCGUGGACAUACGGUUGGCCCAGAUGGAGGAGCUGAUUGGUCGGAUCGCUGUGGCUCUUGAGCGAGUCACGGGGGUGGAGCGGGGGGAGGUCAACAAGGCCCGCUCACGCACCUCCUCGGACUGCACAGACUCGGCCUACAUGCUGCGUCAGGGUGAGUGCCCAGAUGCGGCUUACAUCCUGCGCCAAAGCAGCUUCAACAGCCAAGAGGGGAACUCCUACCGGCUCAAUGAGGGUGCAGAGGGCUCCAUGUCUCCGCCCUCCCCCACCGGCCUGGCCACUCGCACACGCAGUCACUCCUUCUACGUGGGCGGAGGUCUUGAGCGAGCUGGGGCCGACAGGGCCGAAAGGGCCGACCGUUUCCUCAAGGAGCGCUCCUUCAGCCUGCACCGAGCCAAUAGCUCACAGUCGGUGGCCUCGGGUACCGCCCCCAAGGAGUCUAAGCCCCUCCCACUGGCGACGCUGUCCAUCUCCCAGCAGCACCGCCCCUCUUCCUGCAUCGACAUCUAUGUGUCGGCAUCCGAGGAGGCGGGGCCAGCCGAGGUCUUCUCGGACCCGCUGAGGAUGGGCCCUCCCCUCCGGCACGACUCUUCGCUCCACUCUGAGAUUAUGGAGGCGGUGCUGUCGAGCGGGAGGGACUACAGCGGAGGCAGCGGAUUGGGCGACAGACACUCGGAGGGUGGUGCAGUGUUCGAGGACAGCGCGGCUGCAGACCUGUCGCUAUGCUCUACCCACCUUCUCCCAGAUAACACCAUGCCGACCUGGGACCUGGACCCCUCCCCACCCCCGUCAGCGGGGCCACUGGAGCGCUCCAAGAGCAGCCGCUACCUGUCCACUGGCGGCAGGGGCUACCUAGAAGAGACUCAGCUGGUCAAAUCUCACAGCCUCAUGUUUACACCGCGAGGCUGCUACGGAGGCCUAGGGGCAGGUGUUCAGGUCAAAGCGGCUGAGUACACCAGCAUCACCGACUGCAUAGACACCAGGUGUGUCUCCGCCCCUUACUCCACCGCAGAGCGCUCCCACUCCCCUGGAGGCUCCGCCUCAUUCCCCUUCAAUAAGCCCCCGGACUUGGGCUCCUCCCACCCAGAGCGCGAGGCCGAGCUCAGCCACACAGAGUCAGACCCUGAAGACCCAGAGGACCUGGCCCCGGCCCCCGAGCCCCAUCGCAUGGGGAGGGGCUUAAGAGGGGCGAGUGGGACCCCAUUCUGCUCACCCUUCUCCAGAAUGGAACGAGCCAACAGCUGCUCCUCAGAUGACUCCUCCCACCCAUCAUUGGCCCCUCCUUCACACAGAAAAAGCCUGUCGGUCAGUGAGAGGAUGGAGAGGGGUGCAGACCGUGGGGUUCUGGGGGGACCCAGGAACCCCUUCCUGAGGAGCAAGUCAGGGGCACGGGCCGACACUAAGACAGACAGCCUUUCCAUGAGAAAGCUGACCACCCCCUCUGCGUUCAGCAGCUUCGACAGUAGACACAACUACACGUGACAAUGAUGAAGAAAACAGGACAGGGACAGGGCACGCUCUGUUACUAUACAGGACCAUAGGGCCAGCCAGGGGUAAAGGCAAGGGUCAUGGGGAGGGCUCCUACCAGUGUAAAACAAAGUGCUAUGAAGCUAGGAUAGUUCUUACCUCCUCCUGAAGCUGACUCUUGUUGUAUGUUUGGUGAUGGAGGGUAUGUGCCGUGUCUGUCUGCCAUCUUUUUAGUCAAGUCAAAACAUUGUUACUGUAAUGCAUCACGUCACAGAACACUGGUGUAGCCCAAAUAGAAAGUAUAAAAAUGAAAUCUCUGAUAGGACAGUUUAGUCAGUCUUUAGAAAAUAAUAAACUUGGCCACCUGACAAUAUAAGACUGGAGGUCAGAAUUGUCACCUCAACCCAAAUUUCCUCAGGUUCCCUAGUUUCCUCUUUGCCCUUAAACUGCCCAUACUCAUGAAUAUGACUCUAUACUUCUGUGCUUCCACCACUGAAAUAGUACUCUGUCUUUCCACCACUGAAAUAGCACACUGUCUUUCCACCACUGAAAUAGCACACUUUCUUUCCACCACUGAAAUAGCACUCUGUCUUUCCACCACUGAAAUAGCACUCUGUCUUUCCACCACUGAAAUAGCACUCUGUCUUUCCACCACUGAAAUAGCACUCUGUCUUUCCACCACUGAAAUAGCGUUCAGUCUUUUCACCACAGACAUAGCACUGCAUGCUACAACAGUAGCAGCAGUAGUAACCUCAUCCCCAGGGUAAUUGUACAUACCGCAUAUAAGCCUGAAACACCACCGACUCAAAUCUGGCCUAUGUGGUAGUAAAAAAUAAAAACUACAAAAACAUUUUUGAUCUUAGCGAAUCACACGACUGGGCGUUGUGUCUCCUAUUCAAAAAACAUGUGCGACGCUAGCAAGACAGAGGUGGAAGUGCUCAGAGGGAGGUGAUUGAUCACAAAUAAAGCCAAUGGCUAUGGAUUAUAACUUUUUCCUGAUCUUUCUGUUGGGAUAAUGAAGGCCACGUUUGAAGUUUUGGUCCACCAGACUGUCCAAGCAUGCAUAAGCGACAUAAGUGGUCGCUUCCGGGGGGCCCCCGACCCCCCAACAAAACUCAGUCUGGGAACUCAGUUGGGGUCUCAACUUACUGUUGAGAGAUAGAAUAGAAGAAUACACAAGGUGAAAGUUCGAAAUUUGGUUGUGCAUCAGCAGUUAUUUUUUUCUUGUUUUGUCAUUCACUGACAGUCAUUCAAUUAGCCAUGUCAGCUAACAAUUUUUAGAUUGAUAAGUUAGUCUAGCCAGUUAUCUAAACAGAGAUCACUCAGAUAUCAUUGACAUUUCAUAAAUCAUGGCAAAAUGGGUAAAAUUGCAGGAAAUUAGAUUUAAAUUGCAAAAAUGUCUCUCUGCCCCAUGGCAAAAUGAGUAGAAUUGUAUGAAAUAUAAAAUUGGGGGGGUCUGCUGAACUAAAUUACAGCAGUAGUGACUAUAGUAAAACACAUGGACACCAGUCAGCUGGGGAUGACUUUAUCAAUGGAUAGAGACAAUGAGCGUUGUGCAGAUUGAAUUUCUAGACAUAAUAGGGCUCUAUUAUGUAUAAUGCAUGUCCCUGGUUUAAAAUCCAUGCACAUUGACAGUCAAGUAACAUUGACUCAGUAGAUUUCAGGGGUCAAAAUCAGGGCAGUAAAAUUGAUUACCUACAGGGCCUGAGUAACAGGGAAGAUGGGAAAUUUGAUUAAAUGUAGACUCAUCAUGUGCCUAUCUAUUUACUUGUUGUCCUAUCCCCAGUCAUCCGGGCUUAGUGUCAUUGUGGCCUACAGUGUAAAGGUAUGAACAAAGUGUUAACGCACACACAUAGUCAUACAUGCACUCUAAUGCCAGCAAGGUGUGUGGAAUGGCUGAAGGAAAGCCAAAACAAUUAUUAUUAUUUCCCUUGGAUUAAAUCUGCUCAGUGCAAAACUCACAACUGGGCACCAGAGGGGGCUGUGACCCUGUUUAAGGAGUCCUUCAUCCCAAGCAGUAAACCAAUGUUGAAAUUAGAACACAUCAAGAUCAGCCUUUUCAGCAAGAAAACGUCAAGCAUGUCUGGUAAUGGCAUUGCCCGUUCCUUUCAUUCCUCUGGCAGAAGCAUUUUGUUGUUUGGAUCUGACACCUGCUAGUCUCGGGUAGCCAGAUAUGGUAAACUACGAUCAUUGGAUCCAUACUUCCUACAUUGUUUGGACGUUCAUUCUUGAUUUAUUCUAUUCAAAUCGAAGCACCAGACAAACCAGAGUAACCGUUUAGAAUGAUCAUCUGAAAACUGCAGAGUAUAGUCUGCACAACUUGUAAGAAUACAUAAUACUGUACAUUGUAUGUGUAGGCUAGAAGAGAAUGGUUAGAGAACUGAAUUCCACAAGAUGGAGUUAUUUGAAACAUUUGCAAAAGAGUCAACUCUAUGAAUCAUAUGCAUUUUAAGAGACAUAGAGGCACCUUUCAAGUUGAUGUAAAUGGCAGAGAACCAGUUUUUUUUCAUCUCUUAAUUUAUUACAACUAAAAAUAUCUGACAGGAGUGGAAUACCUGUUACAACAUGUUUGUAAUAAUGGAACAUGAUGAGUAACAUUUACAUCACAGGUUCUCAAAUGAGUUAUUUUUUAUAUUUCAUCAUUAUUAAAUCACUUCAAUUUAAUUGCACUGCAAUUGUUUUGAUUGAUUAUAUUUGACUAUUUUGUUGCUUACAAUGAAUAAUUGAAUGGCUGUUUUAAAUACAAACAGAAUAUUUAUAUCUUUUCAGUGCUAUUUUGUCUAAUUGAAAGUAUUUUGAAUUAUUACAAGGUUUUAACAUUAAUAAAAGGUGUCACCUAUAAGCACUAAAACGUAUGUAUUAUAUGAUUCACUUAAUAUAUUAUGUGAUAAAUUGCUAUAUUGUACAUCACAAUCAUAUUUAAAGUAUUUAAUAAUUUGCUAUAUUGUAUGUUCAUGAGCAGCUGUCAAAAAUAAAUACAAAUAUAUAUAUUUUUAAUGUAGGUUGGAUAUUUCAAUGCAAUACUCCACUGCAAGCAUUACCAAACUGAGGGUGUCAUUCAGGCGUGGAGUAACUAUUUGAAAUUCACAGUAACUUAAACAUCUACAUAUAUCUGCACAUUUCUUUUGUUAGUAAUUCUUCUCACAAAUCUACUUACCCAUGGUAUCCUUUUCCUGUAUUUCACAACUGUUGGGAUAAUGCAUUUCUGAAGUGUUUACAACAUUUUUUCUUACACUGGAGAAAGGCAUUGAUUUCAUGGCUAAGAACAUGCGUAAGAACUAAGAGAGAGAACUAGGAGAGAUAACUACUUGAUGCCUUUUGAGGGGGAGGGCUAGCAGCUCUGUGUAUCUUCAUUAUUUAAAAGUUUAAUUUUCCUUAUCAAUGUCCAAUACCAUUGCAGGGUGUUUUCACACAUUUCCUAAGCUGCUUCUUUGUCUUGUAAGGUUGUAGAUUUGCGAGUGACGCUCAGCAAAUGAAGAAAAUGUGUUGUAUGAGCUGAAAACCAAAAAAUAAGGAAUAUUUCAAUCUCUCUUGAGCAGACAGGCCUCCACAAAUCACUGUGCUUAUGCAUUCAACCCACAUUUUCAUGGGACUCCCACAUCAGUUGUGUUCCAUGAAACCCAACCCUCCCAUCCAUUUUGUGGGCACAGGAGUCAAAGUUGAAACCAACUAUGAGCUUUAAUACGAUCACAAAGUGUGAAGAAUAGUUUGUUGAAAACUAAUGUAAGCACAUCCAACUUUCAAGUGCAGGGGUGUGUAAAGUAUAGUCAUGAAAAAUAAAUACCCGCACAAUGUUGGACACUGCUGUUGUUAGAUGUCGGUGGGGUUUUGUCUCACAAUACAUGGGAUAGAUCACUUUUUCAAAUUUGUAGUCGAAAAAUAAGCUUUAAAAUAAGUUAACAAACUUUUUAAAAGAUGUCUGAACAUCUCAUUGAACACGCUCAUUGAAGGAACAUUAGGUGACAAUAGAGGAGAGAUAAGGUGAUAGUUUGGUUACUCCUUGGCUUUUUGUCCAGGCACUGGUUUGGGUCCUGGGUCCUUUAACUAACCUCAGUGAAUGGGCUGUCAGCCCUCCAGGGGACAUAAUAGAUAUUUUUAUUUUCAUUAUGGAGAGGGACAUGCAAGGACAAACAUGUCCAUAGCACUUCUAACUCAUGUGUAAAUGCUCUGUAAAUGUUUUGUAUAUGUUGCUGUGGCUGUUGUACAAUAUAUCAAUAUAUAAAAUAAAAGGGAGGUCUAAGUAUGUCUGAGGACUCUGACACAGAAAUGACAGUAGCCUAAUACUGAGAAUUGUGCCAAUGUGAUCCAACAAAACCUAAUGUACAGUAUUUUUUAAAUAUUUUCCUAUACUGUAGCAUACAGCUUUGUGAAUCAUAGACUAUGGUUAUUAUUCAAAUAGGUUUUUAUUUCCCCUCAAUCUGUUGGUGAGUAGGCUACUCGUAUGCUAAAGAGGAGUCCAAGCACAUGUUUUCUGCAAUAAUGCUGAUAUUGUAGUUUUACUUGAGGGGACUUAUCUUCUAGCAGUCUCACUUUAUUUAGUGUCCUUUAAUGCAUGCAGCUCUUCCACUGAUGAUGUACAAAAAUACAUUCUGUGAAAUUGAUGAAAGAGAGAGAGUACGAGAUAGAGAGAUUAUAAAUUGUGUCACAGUGGUGAGUAUUUGGAUGCAAAUGCAAAUCUGUAUUCUUCAAUAUGAAUAGGAUCAUGUCUGGCAUGCAUUAUUAAAUAAACACAUGAAUGCAUAA